UGAAACCAUACUAGUACACCACAAAUUAGAGGAGGAAAGCACUAACUUUAUUUUCCGUACGCAAAGCUACAUAACAGUUGACAUGAACGAAUUACGUAACAGACAAGUUAUAAAUAGAGCACGAAAAGGAGAUUUACUGGAAUUUCCCAGAGGAUUCUACUCGCACUGGGCUGUUUAUAUAGGAAACGAAGAGGUAGUACAUUUAGCUGGUAUUGAUAAUGAUGGUAUCAACGGGAAUUCAAACCCUAGUCACGUAUUUUCCAUUUGUGGAAAGACUUACAAAAAGGCUGUGGUCAAAAUGGAAAACUUCUGGACAGUGGUUGGGGAUUCUGAGGCAAAAAUAAACAACAACAAGGACAGGAAAUGCAGUCCACAUCCAGCGCACAAAAUUGUCCAAGAAGCUUUAAAGAAAUUAGGAGAAAUUGGUUACAAUGUUUUAUGGAAGAAUUGUGAACAUUUUGCAGCCUACUGUAGAUACGGCGUGAACUGGUCAGAACAGGCUGACAAAGCCCUGGGUGCCAUUAUGUGGACGGGAGCAGCUGUGAUGGUCGGUGGUUUACUUAUUGGAAUGUUUGGUGGGAAAAAAGAAGAAAACUAGAAUAUGUGUACAUUACAAUAUUUCCCUAUGAACAGUAAUUUAUAGUAUCAAAAUACA